AUGGAGGCAGUGCGAGAUUCGGUGCCUCUCCAGAGGCUCUCGCAAAGCAGCGAAGAUCGCGCGGGCGAUGAUCGUAUACCAGAGUAUGAUGGACGCGACUCGGCAUCCUCAACAUCAGGCGCUACCCCGAUGCACGAUGAGGAGCUCCCAUCCUAUAGCCAGGUUCGCUCGACUGGCCAGAUCAUAGGAAGGGGUCACAGCACGCUGCUUCAUCGCUCCGCAUGGGUGACUCUUAUCACCAUCAUCUAUGUGACCCUGGCUAUCUAUGCAUGGACCAUGACGGUGGUACUUUCGUACCACCCGAUCAAGGCCAAGUCGUGGGGAUAUAAUAUCGCCAAUGCGAUAUACGAGCAGGAGGAGUCGAAAAUCGACUUUGCGCGAUCUGCGAGGAUUUAUCGCUCUGCGCGCACACUCCAAUCCAUCGUUCAGGUCGCCACACUCCCCUGGAUCACCGCCGUAUGCGCGAGUGCCGCUGUGAUCUACACGCAGAACCAGAAAAAUACGGGACUUCGAUUGCGCCAGGUCACCACUUUGGCCGAUCGAAGGUGGGAUGACCCCUCUUUGUACUUGUCAUUGGCCCAGGGCCGGUGGAAACAGCACGGCAGCGCAUUGCUGUGGGUCGCGAUGAUCAUUUACAUAUUUGGUGCUAUCACAUAUCCCAUCCAGUCGCUCUUCCUCACCACACAAACCAUCAAGAUUCCAACCGAGCCCAGCAACCGAGCAAAGCUCAAUGAUUUCAACACCGCAGAUUAUCAGUAUAUUGUCGAAAUCGCAGCUGGCCUUGAUAUGCUUCAGACCCGGAGUGCCCUCAGCCAGGCCGAUGGCCAUACCUACUACCCUAACAUAUGGAGUAACAACAGCGGGGUGCAAUUUAUCACGCUCAACGAAUUGUCCUCUGAGACGUUCUAUUCUCAGCUACCCAAUGGAUUCAACACAGGACUGCUGCGUCAAUUCGCACCGCGUGUGAAUUCGACAGCUUCAUCCGAAACCAUCCUCGCAGACCAGUUCCCGACCAACUGCAGCACCGAGGCUGGCGCCCUUUACCUCGACUAUCAGACUACAUACACAGACCGUAAAUCUACAUACAUAUCCGAAAUCUCCAACCACAGCUACUACGGCCUCAUCGCCUGUAUGCCAGCAAGCAGCACCAAAUCCCGGUGGCAAAUGACGCGCAAUCGGCAAGACUUCACCGAAGUCCUCUACCUCAACCUGACGGGCUCAGACAUCGCCACCUCGUCUUCAGACGCCGCGGAGUAUCUCUACAAAAUUACCGUGAGCACCACAUCCGGCUACUUCGAGCUCCCCAACUACAUGAACAACAACACCCCGGGCCCCCUCCUCGAAUCCGACCCCGAGGACCUCUGCGACGAAAAAUGCAUGAACCAAUCCAGCCGGGACUCGUGGCAAACGUGGAACUAUAAGUACGCUCGCCGCUCCACCACAACAAACACAUCCACCCUCGAAGCCGGCUCGUUAUCCCCCCUCAACACAACCUACAAAGGCCCCCUCCUAAUGACCGCCCUCGCAACCUUCGGCCCCAACUCAUUUAUCGACACCUUCCCAGCUUCAUACGCCGCCAUCGAAGCAGAAAGCAAAGCCACCAGCUCCAUAGCAACGGAACUCUCAGACGCCUGCAUCGCCAAUCCGCCUCUGUCAAACCUCCUCCUCGACACAUCGGAAGGCGAAUCCCUGUGCGUCUACGCUGACAUCUGGUACGGCGAAUGGUACCCUGCAGGCUCGAGUAUCUCCCAAUGGCUGUCGUGGUUCACCAACUACGCCGACAGGCUCCCGACCGCCUUCACGGCGGCGGCGUAUCUAUCCAACGCGCAGCUGCUCGCCACGAUCCCAGGGAGCUGGUACGUGUACCAGGAUCUCGGGGAGAAUAUGGAGAUCCCGUCUAUCUCCCUGACGGGAAUUAUUGUCGUCUCUGUCCUGAUGGGCGUGUAUUUGCUUCCGCUGCUGGCACUGAGCCUGUACGCGGGGUACUUUGCGCGGUGGACGGGGCGGCUGGAUUCGUUUGCUAUGUUGCGGUUUGGGGCGUUUGCGGGGGAUAAGGUCUUUCCGAUGCUUGUUGGGCGGAAGGCGGAUUCUGUUGCCGAGCUGGAUGAGAUGUCGGGUGUUGUGAGGGAUGUGGCGAGGGCUGGGGCUGAGAAUGAGGUGAUUCCGAUUGGGAGGUUGGGGUUUGGGGAGGGGAGGAAGUUGAAGAGUAAGAGGAGGUAUGAGUGUUUUAAGGGGGAUGAUGAGCCGUUGAAUCCGCAGGAGUUUCAGAGAGUCCAGUGGAGGGUGCACCAUAGAGGGUGA